UUGUAGCUUGGCUUCUUGGAAGAGAAAGGAUGGCUCAGGAGACGAAUCAAACCCAGGUGCCUCUGCUGUGCACUACGGGCUGUGGAUUUUAUGGCAGUCCCCGGACCAAUGGGAUGUGCUCCGUGUGCUAUAAGGAAUUUCUACAGAGGCGGCAAAGCAGUGACCGGAUAAGCCCCCCAGCAGCCAACGGUCCCAACAACAGCCCUGUGGCUUCGAGCUCAGCUGCAGAGCCCUGCGCAGAGGGAGACUCCGCACUGGAGGAUGUGAAAGCCAGUGCUCAGACCCCUGUGACCCAUCAGAUGACGGCCAUGAGCAUAUCCAGAGAAGAAAGCAGCAACGAGACGGAAAGAUUCGCUAAGACAGAAGAAGCCUCCUCAGCAUCUUCCUCAUCAGGUACCCUCCUUGAAAUACCCAAGAACGCGGCUGAGGACAAGAUGGUUUCCGAAAAGGUGAAACAGAAGAAGAACCGGUGCUUCACUUGCCGGAAGAAGAUAGGGUUAACUGGCUUCGACUGCCGCUGCGGGAACCUGUUCUGCGCCCUGCACCGCUACUCGGACAUGCAUGGCUGCCCCUAUGACUACAAGGCAGAAGCAGCUGAGAAAAUCCGCAAGGAGAACCCCAUCAUCGUGGCCGAGAAGAUCCAGAAGUUGUGAGGG